AUGCAAAACCUUGACUUCAUCUGCCCAAGUGAUUUGGGUAAUCUACUCUCUGUGUGUGUGAGCGAGAGAGAUUUGGGUUCCCAGGUUUGUUCGUGGAAGAAGAAGAUCCAGAAAGUUUGUUCGUGGAAGAAGAAGAUCCAGAAAGUAAGAGAAGAAGGAGAAAUGCAAUCCAUAUGUUACUAUGGUAGAACACCCGAAACGAAGACAUCGGGGAUAGAUUUGAACCCAGAAAGGAGAUUUAUCACAUGUGCGAAUAACAAGUUUCUCAUUGUGAUCAUCUAUGUAUACAUGAAUGCAACUGAUCGAUAUGGCUCAGCCGUGGAGGAAGUAGAAGCUGAUGGAUGUUUUGCCAUUGCAACUGUUGUGAAUGUUGAUUUUUGUGAUGCUGAUGGUGUUCUCCAAGCAAACUCAAUGGAAGUAGAUUCUGAUCGUGCUCUCCAACCAGAUUGGAUGGAGGUUGAUUUUUGUGAUGCUGAUGGUGUUCUCCAAGCAAACUCAAUGGAAGUAGAUGCUGAUCGUGCUCUCCAACCAGAUUGGAUGGAGGCAACUUCUGUUUGCCAAUUGGAACAUUCAAUGUUGGAGAUUGGGAUUGAGAUGGACGUGGACAUGCAAAAUUGGGGUUUCUAG